AAGACCAUCGAAUUUGAUGAUGAGCGCAAGACUCGCAUUUUCUACGACAAGCGUAUCUCUGCUGAGGUCGCCGUCGAUUCCCUCGGCGAUGAAUUCAAGGGCUAUGUCUUCCGCAUCACUGGAGGCAACGACAAGCAGGGUUUCCCCAUGAAGCAGGGAGUUCUCCUCCCCUCGCGUGUCCGCCUCUUGUUGUCCAAGGGCCACUCUUGCUACCGCCCUCGCCGCACUGGUGAGCGCAAGCGCAAGUCCGUCCGUGGAUGCAUUGUUGGCUCCGACAUGUCUGUCCUCUCUGUCAGCAUUGUCAAGCAGGGUGAGCAGGAGCUUCCUGGCCUUACUGACACCACUAUCCCCAAACGUCUCGGACCCAAGCGUGCUAACAAGAUCCGCAAGUUCUUCAACUUGACCAAGGAGGAUGAUGUUCGCAAGUUCGUUAUCCGUCGCGAGGUGCAGCCCAAGAACCCUGAGAAGAAGCCUUACACUAAGGCUCCCAAGAUCCAGCGUCUUGUCACUCCUAUUGUUCUUCAGCGCAAGCGUCACCGUUUGGCUCUCAAGAAGCGCCGUGCUGAGAACGCCAAGGAGGCCGAGGCUGAGUACAAGGCUCUUCUCGCCAAGCGUGUCAAGGAGGCUGCCGAGAAGCGUCAGGAGAUCAAGAAGCGUCGUGCUUCUUCCCUCCACAAGGCUUAGAACCAAAUAAAAACGAACCCUCCUUCUACCUCACCUCUAUUCAAAUAAAUCGACGAUCUUGCAACAUAGGUCCA